UGUGCGACGCCAACCUCGAUUCUUUGGUGAAUCAAUCUGAUGCUCAACAUGCACAAGCAUCCCACCACAGCCUACGCCCACGCCCACGCCCGGAGCAGCGCACAGGAACCCUCGUGUUCUUGAUUUGCUUUCCGGGACUUUGACUCGAGCGCUGUCCUCCCAACCCGGGUAAUCUAUCCACCUACCUAUGUUUUGCACUAUCCGAAGGCCAGCCUACGAGUCGGUUCCAGCCAGGUGAAGCCUAGCCUAUGCUGACGAACGAGCCCCCAGCUCAACAAGCAUUUUCAUCCAACCACUGGUCGGACACAUAGGCUGGUUCUCGCCUCGCUGUGUGCUGCAGUCGGGUCUGCAUCCAACCUAGGCUAGCGUUCCCGACGUCGAGAUGCAUCCCUCACCUGCGCCCUCUCGUCGCUUUACCUAGGCACAUCUCCCUCCCACUCCGGGCGAAGGCCCUCUUGCCUUGUUCAUUUUUAGGCUGGUGCCCAUCUGAGUGGUUCGGUGUUGGCAAACGACACAAAAACCAUCAUGUCUCUAUCCGCGUCGGUUGCGGUUCACCCAUCCGAAGGCAUCUACUCAUAUCGAGGUCAAUUUCCCCAGCGACCUGUAUUUUCCUCUCUUGCGCGAUCCAGCGCCUCGUCCAUGACCACGUCAUCGUCAUCCUGCUCCUCCUCCCACAUCCGCAAUCGAUCCGUUGGCUUUUCCGUCCAUAGCGACCAUGGCCUUGCUCUACCCAACCCAAAGACGUCGCCCAGUCAAGCUCGCGCCUUCGUCAAACCCGCGCCGAGCAGCCAUUCGAUGGUAUCCAAGGUGUCAGCCAAAAUCGACGACGGCAAUCCCGGCAGCCGCCACGGUCGCAGCAACGGCGAGGAGAGAUACCACGAUGAUAACGAUGUUGCCGCGCAGAGGCUAUGGUAUAAACUUGUGGAUCAUCGCAGAACGAUACGACGGUUGCGAAAGGACAUAAUCACUCAGAGAAAGUCCCUGAGGUCCAUGCGCAAAGAACUCGCCGAGGCAGACAACACGUUCAUGAACUCACUUCGCAAAGGUGUCUAUAGCUCCUGGGCCAGCAGUGGCCUCGGCGAGGACGUGGUCAUAGCACAGUUUAAGACGAUACAAGACCUACGAACCAGAAACGGCACAAUCGAGGCCACGCUGUAUCAACUUGAGGACGAUCUGGAAAUGGAAGAGCAGGCUUCUGAACAGACGGAGGAUGCUUUCUUUAGGCAUAUCUACCAAGACUCGGCUCUGGGCAGCGAAUCUGACGGCGGCGGCGGCAGCGCCAGCGCCAAUCCAACGCCUUUUGACAGAAAUGAAGACCGACCUCUCUCUCGAACCUCGCUCCUCGGUAUCCCGCCCGAUCGCCCUGUGGACCUCCACCCCACAUACACGAAGCUGUUGAGUGCCGUGGCCGACAAGAACGAGGCGAUAGAAAUACACGAGGAUAUUAUGGAUCAGCGAGACGCGAUACUCCAGGACAUUGAGACGCGCCGCAAAAUCGACAGGAGGCGUAACUUUGAGAUUGUCCCCGUCACCGAGGAGGAGCUGGACGAGCUGAAAUCCGACCUGGCCAACAUUGCCGAGAUCGACCGGUUUCUUCAGAAGCACAGUAUCGAGAUCGACGACGACGAUCUGGAAUUUCUAAAAAGCUAUCCCGACUCUGAGAAAGAGGCUCGCGAGUCGGUAGAAUCGACAACGGUUGAGGUAGAGCGCCUGUGGUCGCUUUGCAUAAAACAUGGGGUGAUGCACAAGCAUCCGAGCCUGUCUCAAGACUACAUCAUCCGCAAGUCACUAGGUAAACCCACAGACCAUCUUCACAUGGACAUCGACCUCGAGCCUUCUGGUCCGCAGCAACCAGGCAAACGCUCACUCGCACACCCAAUUUUCAAUAUCUUGCUCUCGGAUCCAGCGCACGUGCUCGACUGUAAAUCGGCCAGGACGGCUCUGGAAGAUGCCAUGGACCGGUUGCGCGAGAGAGCGAGCCCUGAGGCGGCGCAGGAAGUUCAAAGAUGCAAGAAGGAAGUCGCCAUCGAAAGUCUGAUAACGGAGCAUGAGGACAAGACCCAGAUGAUCAAUAACUGGAUUUUGCACCAGCUUCGCACGACGCCGCUCGAGGUGCGGCGCCUACUCAACACCUUCUCGCUCACAACCGGGCUCAGGGUCAAAGACUUUGCCUGGUGGCAAAACGAUGUGCUCCACUCCUGGGAUCACGACGAACUGGCCAGGCUGCCCCCCAGCGCUCUCGACGGACCCCUCACGUCGGUGGAUAGCCUCGACCUCAACCUGAAGCGGCAGGGUGACACCAACAGAGGGGAGAGCAGGGUGAACUCGGCCGUGAACCCGAAUCCCUCUGCGAGGAGCCAGGAAGAAGAUACACAAUGGGUGAAGUCUUCACCCGCGCCGCAGUCUUCACUCUGCGUUCCCCUCUUUUGUAUCUUCUGCUUCGCCAUGUAUUUUUUGGCAAUGUCCUUUUAUCCUGAAUCAGCUGUUUUGGCAUUCUCGAUUCCUUGUUAUCCCUUUUCCUCCUUGAAUCGUUUGAACUACCCAUACCCCAUUCUCGGUCUCGAUACCCCUGCUAUUUGAGCCGGUUUGACAACACUCCAGAGUUUUGUUCCUUUGUGGCUUGUUAGAGAAGAAAAGUUUGGCGGAAGAGAAAAGAUGUGUAUAUUCAGCGAAUUCCUUUGGCCGAGAUACCCCUCCCAGGUUGGACACGUAUUCUCUGUACUCGCGACAACGUUUGCUGGUUGAUUCAUGUACAACAUUGCCUCUUUUCAAGCACAUAACUACCUACACCCUGUACCAACAGACUGUGUUUUGCCUUUACUGAACCCUGGUUGGCUACUAACCCAUGCAUGGCGGUCGCACUUGUCGGGUCCGAGGACGCGUCCCAGACAGUCAGCCCGCCCGAAUAUGCAAUAACGAGAAGCAACGGCUGGGAGAAACGGGUCGGGUACACGGCAUCUCGCGAAGGCAACAUGGUUACCGAAAUUCAGCCAUCCCGCCUCUCUCACCCGCACGCACGCACACCCUUUCACUCCCUCCGCUUCUCUCCCACACGUUUGCUGGCACACGUGUUGGCUAAUUCCUGGAUGGGGCCCGAGCCUCAGCGUCCAUCCAAGCCGAUGCCACGUCCUCGGCACCGGCAUGCGGGUGGACGAAUAACGGGGCAGUGGCGGGAAGAUAAGGAGAUGGGGG